CCUCAUGCGAUGGAAGGCGUGAUCCCAGAGAUUUUUCGCCUCAGAAAAUCUCCCGGUGUCGGCUAGGAUUCAAUCUAGACCAGUUGGGUUGGUUGUGAGUGGAUCACGCCACCCCACAACCAUCGACACCUAUGUCGGCGGUGGGAUUCGAACCCAAGCGUCGAGCGUGGUUGGCGGAGACGUUACCAACCACACUAGGCCCCCGCUCGAUUAUAUUAUGCUUGCGCAAAUAAAUAAUUUGUAGAUCUAUUCUUUCGAAACCUAACUACGGGAGUGCUUCAGGGGUUGAAUUAUAAAUUUUCAGAAGCCAUUAUUCUGGCGUAAUGCUAAUCUGAACCUAGAAUCGGGAUUGAUGUUCUGCGGAAAGGCUGCAAACAAGUUAGUGAUCAUAUUUUCUGUUGAAAACUGUGCAAAUGUGAAAUCACAGAAUUAUAAAUCUGCUGCGAUUAAAUUCUCCGAACAACCGGCUCAAAGGAUCAAAACAGAGUACUACUAAGAACCGCUUCAAUAAUCAGCUGGUGCAACCGCCUUUAUCGGAAAAAAAAUUAAAUAAAUUCGACCACAAUGCAGCCGUUCGCAACACAGUGCAGAGUAGAAGUUCGACAGAUCAAGUCGCGCGUGAAUCGGUUUUCAUUUGAAUUGUUUACACUGAUUAGUUUGUUUGUUGUUUUGUUCAAAAUGAUGAAGAUUCUUGUUGGCCUCGCUUUAAUUGGCAUGGCAGCAUCUGAGUGUAGAGUACCAAUCAAACACUACAAAACUAUGAAUUGCAAUGCAAUAGGCGGCAUCGUAUCAGAAUGUCCCACAAGAUUCGAUUGUCCAAGUAUAACACAACAUGAUAAGUCAAAAUGCUAUUUUAAUGGAAAAACUUAUGAACUAAGUGCUCAAAUUCCAAAUGAACUAGUAACUCCUUUCUGCUCGGCACAAUGCUACUGUCGAAGUGCGUCGCCAUUUGCUCAGUUCCGUUGCGUUCAUGUCGACUGUGCCGAGUUUUUCAGUGCAAUUAAUUAUGACGAUUGCAUUCGUACGUACAAACCAAACAGUUGUUGUUCUUCGGGCACAGUUUGCGGAAAAGAAAGAAAGAAGUUAGCCAAAUGCGUCGUGAAUGGAGAUGAAUACCUCGCUGGUCAGCGUAUGUAUCCAAGCUCCAAUAAAUGUCUCACUUGCAUUUGCCACGAAGGUUUUAGCGAGGCGAACAUAACAUCCGAUCCGAAUUGUUACGAACCAACCUGUGGGUUUGAGUUGUUCUAUGCUAAACAGGCUUAUAACGGCGGCAUCCCGGUGUAUAGAGAUAAUAAAUGUUGUCCAUGGGAGUGGAGAAUGCCUAAGGAUACGGACAAAUUGGUUGAAAAAUCCGGAAGCAGACUGUCUAGCGAUCCAGCUCUGCAGUGCAAAUAUGGCAAACUCGCUAUGAAUAUUGGUGACACAUUGGUAUCGGAAGAGUCUAAUGGGUUUACCUACACGUGUACUUGUGCAAUUCCGCCAUUGGCACAAUGUGUAAUGUCAAAAAAUGCUCCUCUCUAAAAAGAUGGCUUGCAAUGCAACACCAUAUUAACGCUGUAGAGAAAAUGACCAGCCUUUCCCAAAAUAUUGUAAACUCCAGAUAUAUAUACAGUACGACUGUUGCAAUUCACUUUAUUUUUAAUCAAAUGAUAGAACAACAACAUUAUUAGAAAGCAUGUAAAAUUCGUCAUCAAGAUAUGAACAAAAGUUAAUUUGAGCGAUAACCAAUGAAAUAAAGCAUGUGAAAGAUCAAAAUAAAUACGGUUCAAACCUAUUUUUUAA